AAUCUUAUCAAACCCUAUUUUGACCUAAUUUUCCAAUCCGCCCUCUGCUCCUGCUCUCGGCUUCUAGGGUUUCUCCACAUUCUGCUCCUCCCUCCCGCUGCUUCUUUUUCAGUUUUUUUUUCUUGUUUCUAAGAUUUCCUCUUCGUUUCGAGUAUUGGGUCGUUCGCUUUUGUCUUCAAUGGAGCUCGACGGCGUUCGCAAGAGGGAAAGAACUGAAACCACCUUGAAUGGCAAUGGCGGCUUUAAGAAGUCUAAACCAGAAAUGGACUCCUUAUCUACUGGUUUAGGAAGCAAAUCGAGGCCUUGCACAAAGUUUUUCAGCACUUCUGGUUGCCCUUUUGGUGAGGGGUGUCAUUUUGCACAUUAUGUUCCUGGCGGAUUCAAAGCAAUUUCUCAGAUGAUCAGUCCUGCUAUUCCCCCUGGCAUUAGAAAUCCAGUUGGGCCCCCAUCAUUUCCAGAUGGUGUUAAUCCUCCAGCUGUCAAGACGCGUUUGUGCAAUAAAUUCAACUCAGCUGAGGGCUGCAGGUUUGGUGACAAAUGUCAUUUUGCUCAUGGCGAAUGGGAACUUGGAAGGCCAGCUGCUCCAUCGGUUGCAGAUCAUGGCGGAAUGGGACUGCCAAUGCAACACCCCCCCAGAAUGGGUGGUGGCUGGAACAUGCCUCCACCACCACCGCCCAGUCAUGGACCAGCUGCUAGCUUUGGCGCCUCUGCAACUGCAAAGAUCAGCGUAGAUGCAUCGCUCGCAGGCCCCAUAAUUGGGAAAAAUGGUGUAAACUCAAAGAAUAUCUGCCGUAUGACUGGGGCAAAGCUUUCUAUAAAAGAACAUGAAUCAGACCCUAGCCUGAAGAACAUUGAGCUUGAGGGUACGUUUGAUCAGAUCAAUCUAGCAAGUUCGAUGGUGCGCGAGUUGAUUGCAAAUGUUGGCGCUGCCUCUGCCAAUAAUGCCAUGAAGCAGCAGCAGCAGCAACAUCAUUCUGCCAACCAGCAGCAGUCUUCUGGCUCAGCAAACAACUUCAAGACGAAACUUUGUGCAAAUUUUGCAAAAGGUACCUGUACGUUUAGAGAGAGAUGCCAUUUUGCCCACGGUGAAAGUGAAUUACGCAAACCAGGAAUAUGACCGACCACUUUGCAGCAGCCAGCAGACUUGUAGCAGCCAGUGGAUCUCUCCUCUUGAACAAAAAUGUUCUUUGUUUUGAUUUUCUCUGUUUGAAUCAUUUGUUAAAUUUUGAAAAUGUUAUCCGAUUACGUUGUAGCACACGAGCAUUCUUCGUUGGAAAAAUCGGGACAAGAUUAUUGUUUAAGGCUCUUGACUUGAAUGGAAUCGGUUUUUUCCUCUUGUUCUCUGCAA